UUUUUUUUUCAUCAUUUAUUUUUUCCUGCUUCCUGCUGUAUUUAUCUGUCAUUUCUGUUCUUUGCGUGAUUGUAGUUAGCCGAGUAGGGAUUUAUUUUCAUGUCAUAUGCUUCAGAUUGUUAUGGAGAAGAAGGAGCUAGAUUGGAACAAGCAUUCCGAUUGACAUUUCUAGAAGGCGAGUCUGCCGGUAAAGUCUUGAUCAAAGGCGAUUCAGGCAUAGGGAAGACAUAUCUUGUGCAUAAGUUAGCAUUAGAUUACAACGUACCAAUAAUCUCAGCAAUACUUGGGCAACUUGCUGCCGACUAUCACGGGCAUAUUGUUAAAGGACUUAAACGCCUUUUAUGGAGAGCCAACAAUGAGAAGAAGAGUAUCCUUUUGAUAGAAGAUAUUGAUUUGUUUUUUCCACGACAGAAUUACGAUUUUUUGUUGAAAAACCUCCUUCAAACUAUGAUUGAAGAAUGCGACAGCAACCAUAUCAUGAUGCUAGUGGCUACAACUCGUCGACCAGAUGAUUUAGCAUUCGAAAUUCGAAAUUUAUUCCUAGAUGAGAUCCAUUUGCAAAUACCAACACCUGAUGAACGCUUCAAAAUAAUGCAACAUAUAUGCCACACAAACUUUAAGUCUCACUCUAAAUUGCAAGAGAAAACUAUACGAGAAUUAUCAUCGAAAGCCCACGCUUUUGUAGCAGCUGAUUUAGUACAAUGGUUUCGAUUGGCUGAGGAAGAUGCUUUGAACAACAAGGAAACCGAAGUUGACCUCAAAAACUUUGACCACGUCUUUGAUCGUAUUCGAGUUACUGGUCUACAAGAUUCUGUUAUGGCGGAAAAGCCUGAGCCCGUUUAUUGGGAAGACAUUGGUGGCCUAACAACUGCGAAACAAGCGCUGGAAGAAUCAGUCAUUUGGUUGUACAAGCAUGCUGAUGCAUAUAAGCGUUUGGGAAUUCGACCCUCUAAAGGUAUGCUACUCUAUGGCCCUCCUGGUACAGGUAAAACAUUGUUGGCGAAAGCUGUAGCCACUGAAUCAGCAGCCAACUUUCUCCCCAUAAGUAUACCUGAUCUUAUCAAAGGGGAGGUAGGUGAAUCAGAGAAGGCAGUAGCAAAAGUUUUCCAAACUGCCGUUCGAUGUAGUCCUUGCGUAAUAUUCUUAGAUGAAUUAGAAGCUAUUUUUGCAUCAAGAGAUUCAUCCGGUGAUGUUGGGAGGAAGCUUAUAUCACAAUUCUUAAUCGAAAUAGAUCACAUUGACAAGAUGGACCAAAAAGUCAUAAUAUUAGCAGCCACCAAUCAUCCGGAAUCUAUUGACGAUUCGAUCUUGCGGCCAGGACGGUUGGAUAGACUAGUAUAUGUGGGAGCACCAACUUUACUUGAGAAAGUACAAAUUUUAAAAGUGUUGGCACAGAGUACCAAGGUGGAGGCAAAUGUUGAUUUUGAUCUUAUUGCUUCCAAAACUGAGGGUUACACUGGUGCCGAUCUUAGGGCAGCGGUCCGAAAAGCUGGAUUGCUCACAUUGAAGCAGAAUUUGGAUGAAAUCACACAAAGCAACCUUGAACAGGCACUGAAUUAUGUAACCCCAUCAGCACUAAGCACAACAUUGCUAGACAGAGAAAGCAAUGAAGACGACGUGAUGGAGCAAUAGAAUAAGAAUACCAAUCAGUUAUUGCAACAGUUAAUUCAGAUACCAUAAUAAAGUUGGCAGCAGUCGUUGAUUACGGUGUCAGGAGCGUCACUAAAACGUUAAAUAAGUGCGAGCUUGCCUUUAGUCUAUGGCGAUAAAUACUGAGUUUAUUGACUUCCGAUGGAGGAUAAUGAAUAUAUACUAUAUACACUUUUUAUUUUAUUAAGAUUCAUUAACAAUAAAUGAUAAAUGGUGGGGUUUAUAAUUAUCUCUAUUACAAAAAAAAAGAAAAAAUUGGGUGGAGAAGGAGAAAAAGAAAAAAAUAGAAAAAUACAAUAAGUUAUUUACAAGGAAGCAUCGAGUUGACCGACAGCAGCCAAAAUGAGACCCUUGAAGAG